AUGGCAGUCGCCACACUUGCAGACUUGAACGACGAUGUUGUUUUCAUCAUCUUCUCUUGGAUGUCUGUCUCAGCCAUUCUUGCCAUGAGACAGACAUCCAAGAACUUUUAUGAUAUCUCGAAGGAACGUAUAGUCUGGCAGAAUGCUUGUUUACACCAGGUCAUACAUCGCAACCUUCCGUUCCCGUACCCGAACUUUCUCACUUCCCUGUCACAACCACGUCUGGAACACCUCACACGACGUGCGCUGAGGUUCGAAAGGAUAUGGAGCAAGGGUACUCCAGAGGAGCCCGAACACCAUAUGACAUUUCAGGCCACGCAGAGCAAUGCAGUUUCUGAAGUACGGUUCUUGAGAGGGCAUGAUGAUAGAUUUCUUGCUGUGGUUUCUCAGGGUAUAUGGUCCUCGCUUGGUAUUUGGGAUGUCGGGGAAGAAGCUAUGGGCCCGACAGUUAAGGUGGUGCAUUGGGCACCCAAAGGAGCCUCUUUGACGAGUCUUGUCGUUAAUACCAAUCCAGAGUCUCCCGCCACACUGGCUUUGUCUGUCGCCUCGCCACAUCGACCAUCUCAGAUAUAUAUACUAUCACUACAGGAGGGAGAUCCUGAGAAUGAUGCUAUGCGACUGGAGACGUUACAUAUCAUCGAUUCCCCGUGGUCCGCCGUGCUACUGCUCGAGAACCUGAUUGCUUUCGGAGACCAUUCGUCCACCACUGUUCUCAUGGACUGGACUACUCAAGAGAGCGCCACCCUAGAAAGUGCCUCCGACCCCACAAUACCUCGUCAAUCGAACAAGUGUCUUCAGGUAAUCAUUCAACCUUCGAGCGACGCGGUUAUCGUUGUUCGCGCCCAAGCCAUCGAUGUGUUUCGCACUCCAACCCUCCAACCCCCAUCCUCCAAACCAGCCCUCGACACAAAUUCAGAGAGUAGCUCUACCCAGCCAAUUUCGAACUCUAUCGCUCGCCACACAUUCGGAUGGGUCGAAAACAUCUCCCUUAGUACGCCUACAUCUCCGCACAACCCCAACUUCAACGUUCUCGUCCGCAACCUCCGUAACGACCCUUGGGCCCCGGCCAUGGACAACAUCCACCACGUCUUCCUCGCCAUCUCUCCGCCUCUCUCCACCUCUUUAUCCAGCCCGUUAUUGCCUGAUGCAGCCGGAAGCGAAAUCGACGAAUGGGACGAAUUGGCAGAUGGCCUGAACUCGCUGUCUUUGAGCGAAGAACCUGCAGAACGCCACCAUCACACAAUCUAUCCUUCCACGUUCGCCACAACUCGCAAUCCUCGAGGUCACCUACGAUGUCCGACCGUUACCCUCGGCCCACUCGGAACUUACGCCUGCAUCAUUCCUCGGCCUGCAGGACAUCGUGGUCUCACAGCGUUUGAUGUGCACGCACAGCAUACUCAGACUUCGCCUUCACUCCCGGGCAUCGGAGGUGGGGGUGCUGGGAAGGAAGGUUUACAGCUGGGCAGGUUUGGAUACGACGGAGGUGGGGCGGAUGGCUCGGGAGUGCAUGGAAGAUGUCUAUGGUGGAAUGUCAAUGGGGAAGGAGAGGGAUUCGAUCAGUGGACUUCGAUGGAGUAUGAUGAAGCACUGGGAAGAGUGGCGUUGGGUAGUGCAUACGGAAGGGUGACGGUCCUUGUUGUAUGA